AUGAAAUGGAAAGAAGAUGCGAAACAAGGAAUUGUCGUAGCCGGUGGUCAAGGCCAAGGAACUGGUCUUGGACAAUUGUCAUAUCCUUACGGAGUUGUUGUCGAUCAAUCGGGUACUGUCUAUGUGAUUGACCAAGAAAAUGAUCGAAUUAUGCAUUGGUCAGAAGUAGCCGCACAGGAAAGUGUCGUUAUUGGUGGAAAUGGUAAAGGAAGUGAAUUGAAUCAAUUUAAUUGUCCCUGGGAUUUAUCAUUCGAUCGACACGGUAAUCUUUAUGUAGUCGAUAAGUACAAUUAUCGAGUACAAAAAUUUAAUAUCUAUUCAAAUUCAUAG